AUGAAGGUUUGUACUACUACUACUACUACUAUUAUUAUUAUACUAUCAGCGUUAGGUGCCAUUGUUUCUGCUGAAGAUGAUGUGAGGUGCCUGCAAGGUGUUAAAAAAUCACUUGAUGACCCAGGAGGGAAGCUGACCACAUGGAACUUUGCAAACUCAUCUGUUGGAUUCAUCUGCAAUUUUGUUGGGGUGUCAUGUUGGAAUGAUCGAGAGAACAGGAUAAUCAACCUCGAAUUACGUGACAUGAAGCUGUCAGGACAAGUUCCUGAAUCCUUACAGUAUUGCCAAAGCCUGCAAAACUUGGAUCUUUCAUCUAAUUCUCUCUCUGGUACGAUUCCUGCUCAAAUAUGUACCUGGGUACCUUACUUAGUCACUCUUGAUCUCUCAAAUAAUGAUCUUUCUGGUCCUAUACCACCUGAUCUUGCAAAUUGUACUUACUUGAAUAAGUUGAUUCUAUCCAACAACCGUCUCUCUGGGUCUAUUCCUUUUGAAUUUUCUAGUUUGGAUAGGCUGAAGCAGUUUUCUGUGGUAAAUAAUGAUCUGACUGGGAUAGUUCCUUCCUUCUUUAAUAAUUUUGAUUCCGCGGAUUUUGAUGGGAACAAGGGACUUUGUGGGAAGCCUUUAUCUAAGUGUGGUGGACUAAGCAAGAAGAAUCUUGCUAUUAUAAUUGCUGCUGGGGUUUUUGGUGCCGCCGCUUCUUUGUUGUUGGGAUUUGGGUUGUGGUGGUGGUAUCAUUUGAGGUAUUCGAGGAGGAGAAAGGAAGGGUAUGGCAUUGGAAGAGGUGACGAUACUAGUUGGGCUCAGAGAUUGAGAUCUCACAAGCUUGUUCAAGUUUCUUUGUUUCAAAAGCCUCUUGUUAAGGUUAAAUUGGCUGAUUUAAUGGCUGCUACAAACAAUUUUAGUCCAGAGAAUAUCAUUAUUUCCACCAGGACAGGCACCACUUAUAAGGCUGUUCUUCCUGAUGGAUCGGCUCUCGCAAUCAAGCGUCUUAGCACUUGUAAGCUCGGUGAGAAGCAAUUUCGGUUAGAGAUGAAUCGAUUAGGCCUGAUUAGGCAUCCAAAUUUGGCACCCCUUUUGGGGUUUUGUGUUGUGGAGGAGGAGAAGCUUUUGGUUUAUAAGCGUAUGUCUAAUGGGACUUUAUAUUCUUUGCUCCAUGGGGCUGGUAAGGUACUGGAUUGGCCAACAAGAUUCAGGAUUGGUUUGGGUGCUGCUAGGGGUUUAGCGUGGCUUCAUCAUGGAUGCCAGCCUGCAUCCCUGCAUCAGAACAUCUGCUCCAACGCGAUUCUAGUUGAUGAAGAUUUUGAUGCUCGGAUUAUGGACUUCGGAUUGGCAAGGAUGAUGACUUGCUCGGACUCUAGUGAGAGCAGUUAUGUUAAUGGGGAUUUAGGAGAAUUAGGUUAUGUGGCACCAGAAUACUCAAGCACCAUGGUUGCUUCACACAAAGGAGACGUGUAUGGAUUUGGAGUGGUGCUUUUGGAGCUGGUGACAGGGCAAAAACCUCUCGACAUCAGCACUGCCGAAGAAGGAUUCCGAGGGAACUUGGUGGAUUGGGUAAGCCACCUCUCAAGUUCAGGUAGAAGCAAAGAUGCAGUUGACAAGGCUAUCUGUGGUAAAGGACAUGAUGAGGAAAUUUUCCAGUUACUGAAAAUUGCUUGUAAUUGUGUCAUUGCUCGGCCCAAGGACAGAUGGUCUAUGUACAAGUCUUACCAAUCCUUAAAGAUCAUUGCCUGUGAGCAUGGUUUGUCAGAGCAAGAUGAUGAAUUUCCAUUGAUUUUUGGCAAACAAGAUUAUGAUUAA